UUGAACCAAACCAAGAAGCUAAUUAACAAAACAAAUUAAGUAAUAAAUUACUUAUCAUAGAAACAUGGCAGCCCUCAAACAAGUUUCAUCCCUCUUACUAUUCCCUUUGUUUCUCAUUUUUUCCCUAUUCAAAUCCUCUCAUGCUGGUGGGAUUGCAGUCUAUUGGGGUCAAAACGGCAAUGAAGGCUCCUUGGAAGAAGCUUGCAACACUGACAACUACCAAUAUGUGAACAUAGGUUUCUUGAACGUUUUUGGCAACAACCAAACCCCACAACUAAACCUUGCAGGCCAUUGUAAUCCAAGCACCAACGAGUGCACCGGAUUAAGCAAUGACAUCAAUGUAUGCCAAAGCAAAGGAAUCAAAGUGUUUCUCUCCCUUGGAGGCGCCGUUGGAAGCUACUCUCUCAACUCGGCUUCUGAAGCCACAGACCUUGCAGCGUACCUAUGGGAUAACUUCCUUGGAGGACAAUCAAAUUCACGUCCAUUUGGUGAUGCUGUGUUGGAUGGCAUAGACUUUGACAUCGAAGAUGGUUCAGGCCAAUACUAUGGUGACCUUGCAAGAGAACUUGAUGCUUAUAGCCAACAAAGAAAAGUGUACUUGGCUGCUGCACCACAAUGUCCAUACCCUGAUGCUCACUUGGAUUCGGCUAUUGCAACUGGCCUUUUUGAUUAUGUGUGGGUUCAGUUCUACAACAACCCUCAAUGCCAUUAUACUUCAGGGAACAUUGACAACCUAGUUAGUGCAUGGAACCAGUGGACCUCAAGUGAAGCUAAACAAGUGUUUUUGGGGCUACCAGCAUCUGAGGCAGCUGCUCCAAGUGGUGGUUAUAUUCCUCCUGAUGUGCUAAUUUCUGAUGUUCUUCCUGCUAUCAGCGGCUCUCCCAAGUACGGUGGAGUCAUGAUUUGGGACAGAUUCAAUGACGGCCAAAGCGGAUACAGUGAUGCUAUUAAGGCCAGUGUUUAAUUAGUUUGAUUAUAUGUUAAGUAAUGCAAUUAGUUAAUCUUCGGAAUAAGUAGCACGUUUGGUAGGCUUUGUUCCUGCAUGUUGAGUGCUAUGUGAUCAGAUAAGAUAUUUUUAGUUAGUUUUUAAUUUUUUUAAAAUAAUUUUUAAUGUUUUUUUAGUCACUGCUUGAAAUAGCAUUAUAAUGUUAUCUUAGAUUUAUGGGUCUCUACACUUAAUUAUAUGUUGUUCAAAUUUAUAGUUUUUACCUUCA